AUGCGCUGGGUGAUACUAGUGCUGUUCGCGAUUCAGUACAUCCGAGCCGAAUGUCCGCCGAACACAUUCACAUGCGCCGACGGCAGUUGUAUUCCAUCGGAUUGGCGCGGCGACGGCGAGAAAGAUUGCGAGGAUGGAUCUGAUGAGGUUGUUGGGGUUACCGUCGAAAACGGAGAAAACGCGACCACCGAAGAGACAACUUUUGAUGAGAUCAUCAGUCCUUCAAAAGAAGAUGAAUGCGACUGGGCAAUGCAGCAACGAAUCGACAAUUGCAGCGAGCCAAUCAUCGCAUUUUUGCACCAAAUCGAAUCGCUCAAUCUUAAAAACAUGUCAUUGCUCACUUCGACAUCAAUUCAAUCGAAAAUCGAAACCGGCUGCGAUUUGAUGGGCGCAUAUCAGGAAUGCGUCGGCGUCGAGAAAGGAUGCACACCGGACGAGGGAGUCCAUUCAUGGGCCGAGGUCGAAACAUUCAUGUGUCAGCUGGUUUUGCCGUCGGUUCGCGAACACUCCGAGUGCUUCAAAUCGGCCGUUGAUUCGAGAUGCGACAACAGCAAAACAUCUUCAUCGUCGACAUUGUGCUCGAUGGUGACAACGAUCCAAUCGGCCACAAGCUGUCUCGAGACAGUCAAACCAUCGACCUGCUCGGCCGAUGCCAUCGAGAUGUUGUCGCCAAUCAGAGAAGAGACCGAGCACAUUGUUACUUCAAUCAGAUGUGUGCUCACCGAUACUUCGACGCAAUCGAUGAUCCUUGAUGAGACGACAGAAACUUCGUCAUCAGAAGAAGACGAGAUGACAUCAUCUAUUGUUACAACUACAACAACUUCCGAUCACCCAACCGAAGAGAUCGUCGAGAACAAGACUCCGCUCACAAUCAAUCUCGCCGAUGCUGUCAACUCGCUUUACUAUAUUUAUGACAUUUGCUCAUCCAAUUACACGUCUGAUCCAUUUGCAUCGGUCGCUGACAAAAUUUGCGCGAAACAAGAUGAAAUCGCCAAAUGGUCCGAUUGUUAUCAGAAGACAUUGGAGAAGGAGAAGUGCGCGAUUCGAAAUGCGACAACCAAAUGCGAAGCUCUCAUUUCGUUCAACAACAACUUGGAUUGCGCAAUCAUUACGAUGAAUGAUGAAUGCGAAAUUGAUGCUCAAAAUUUGGUGGUUGAACUUCAGGAAGAGGUAAAUGACAUGAUCAUCGCUGGAAAAUGUUUCGAAGAAAAGAAGGACGAAACUGAGACGAAAGACGAGAAUGACGGAGAUUUCCAUUUGAAAUCCACAUUGCCAAAAUGCACCGAAGAGCAGGAGAACGGCGCUCUUGGAUGUUUAGUGGAACUUGUCGAGAUCAAUAAGAAGCUUACCGAAUUCGCAAACCUUAAUUUCCUUCUUGAGAUCGCCAGUCCAAACUCAAGCGUUGUCGAAGGAAUUUGCGAUCUCUUCGAACGCUAUGAGCAAUGCCUUUCAACUACGAUUUUCAAGAACAACCAGCGUUGCUCAUUCGCUUCUCCACUCAAUUCACUCGCUCGCAUUGGUCUUGCCCCAAUCUGUGCGCUCGAUUCUCGUCCACUUCUGGCUCGUCAUCGUCAAUGCUUCGAAAUUCUUGCGCACGAUGCCGAUGAAUCCACCAAUUGCCAAUCGUCGCUUUCUUCGCUUUCGAACACUGUCUCCCUCAUGCUCCAAGGUGUGCACGGAGAAGCUCUUCUGUGCAAAUCAUUCUACACCAUCCGCGACACUUUCGCUUGUGGCGAAAACGCGGUUGCGAAGAAGUGCGAUGCCACCGCGUUGCAAGACCUCCAAUCCCUAAAAACGAAGGUUAGCCAACUUGGUGAAGAGGAAGGAUGUCCACGUGAUCCACCAGCGAACCUUGAUGAGAUCAUUGCCAGACCGGUUAAGAAACCAACGCCAGUCACAUUGCCUCCAACAAAUAUGGCUCCAACUGCUCGUCCGUUGAGACCAAUUGCUCCGCCACCACCAAAACCAGCCGCUAAGCAAUGCUCUCCAGAAGAUCAGAAGAAGUUCGAGGAAUGUGUGAAGCCACUCACCGCCUUCCAGCCACAUCCAUUGUCAGUUAUCGCUGUUCCACGCGAUAUCGAUCUUGCAUGUGAGGCAUUCCAUACGUUCAAAGCCUGUUCCGAAGAGACAACGUGUCGUCCAUUGUGGGCUCGCGGAAUGAGCGCCAUGUUCGAGUACGCAUGCAAUGAAGCGAGUGAGCCGUUCAAGAAAAUCCGCAAGUGUAUCCGCGAGACAUCGAUGAGAGAGGACGUGCGAUCGUGUGUUUCGGAUUUCUCGAGAGGAGCUCCAACCGCCGCAUGCAUGUCGUCGAACCGUCUUCACUCGUGUGCCAUUCCGGCAAUUCAAGAGAACUGCGGACAAAACGCUUCCGACUGGGUAUCGAGCUACAUCAUCCGAUUUGCGAAUGCCAUCGAUCCGCGAUGCAAGGUUGGACGGCAACUUCCAGUUGGAAAGGUGGUUGGAAUUGGAUGCUCGGUCGAAGAGGAAUCGAUCAUCGAGCAUUGUGCGGCCCCUCUCAACGACAUCGGAUCGCGUGUCGAGGAGCUUUUCGAAGGUGGAAUGCAAUCGCUCAUCAAGAAUAUCAACGCAUUGGCACCGGUGUUUGCCGGAGGCUGUAAUCUAACAGAAGAAUUCCGAACGUGCGCUCACUUCCUUCUCGAUGGUCGUACCUCGUGUGUGGUGUCAUCGUGCAUGGUUGAAGCUGGACGUGAUAUCUGUUUGCUUUCCGACCCAGCGAAAGCCAUCGACGACAAUUUAUCAUGCCUCUUCGGACAGGCUCAAAAUCCGAAAUUCGCGCAAUGCAUUCGUUCUACAAUUUCGACACUCAAAACAUUCAAUCUGUCCACGUUGAGAAAUGUUCUUCCGAAAUUCAUUGACUGCACGAAAGACAUCGUCACUGAGAAAUGUGGAGAAAGUCCGAUCAAGAUUCUGAAGGCGAUGAGCACUCCGGAUAUCUGUCCGAUUCGUCCACAGACCAUCCCGAUAGUUCCGGUCAAUUUGCCAACAACUCCAUCACAAGACACUAAACUAACAUUGUCGACUGUUCUGUCCGCCGUGACCACUUCAGCGACGACGACGACAUCUGAAGAGGCGACCACCGAAGAAUCGGAAUCGGCUACUUCAGCUGCUUGCACCGAAUCCGAUCUCGUUGCUCAUUUGCAAUGCGAAACACAUUUGGAUCAAUACGGAUUCCGGCCGAUUUCUAUCAUCAGCGAUGCCUCGAAAUGGGACGAAUUUUGCGCAAUGUCGAACACCACGUACUUCCCGUGUGUCGAUGAGCUCAAGUGUCGCUAUGAGCCAGCUUCAUCUGCUCAAAUCAAUUUGAUCGAGGGCAUUUGCAAUCGUGAAAUCACUCUUCGCGAUCAGAAACAGUUCGGAAUGUGUCUGUCGGAAUACACAAAAACGCCAGAAGGAAAGAAAUGCACCGGGCAUCUCGGAAAAGUCGAUCAACUCGACAAAUCCGCUCCAGAAGCAAUGUGCAAAGGAUUGAACGAGGUCGUUGCGUGUGCGAGCGCUGACAUUGAGAAGCGUUGCGGAUUCGACGCUGUCCUUCACGUCUUCAGCAUUCACAUGCAUUGGGCAAAUCUAUUCAAUCCAUCCUGCAUUUUGGAGUCACCCGAACCAGCAAAUGUGCCAACGAGCAUCGACGUCAACGAGGUCGAGCCGUCGCGCGAUCAGAAGCCAGUCGUCGUUCAGAAGGACGAAACCACUCCAAUGCCACCGUCAUCCGAAUCCAAUGACAUCACAAGUGUCGAGCCACAAACUACCACAACACCCACUGUGUCGCCAGCAUCUACAGUAACCACUUACAGUAUGAUUGUUGCAAUUGCUCUUGCUGCCUUCGUAUUCUGA